GGGUGGUUAGGCAGUCAUCUGGCGACCGGUGUUCGAUGCACAUUGCCGUUGUCCGUGUCUCUCAUGUGUGCGCCACGAGCGCGUGUGUACGAUAAUACAUUACAAUAAAAUAAUAAUAAUAUUUAUGUGCUCCGUCAAACCACCACCGUCGUCGCCCUCUCGCGUCCGAUACGUAAACAUUUUCGCCGAUUAAAACGGUUCCGAUUUUCGUCAUUUGUCUUUGUCGUCGUCGAGUGUUUUCUCUAUUUUCCGUUCCGCACACCAUUCGCGACGUAAAAGUCACGCGGACUGCGUCUCCGGCACCAAGUCCAGACGGUAAUACGCUACGUGUCCGCGGCUCCGGAGUGAUGACUUGACUACUCGAGCGGAGCCUUUUCGCGUCCGUUCUUUUUUAUGUUUUAACAUUUUUUUUUUUUUUUUUUGAAAACGAUCGGCUGCGUGUCAGUAUUAUUAUUUUUUUGUUUUUUGAAUUCAUUCGUUUUAAUUUUCUUUUCGUCGGAAAAGAUCGUGUAGGUCGCGUGUGACAUGAAGACGGCUGUGCCCGUGAUAUGUGCGCUCGGGUGUUUGCUGAUCGUCACGGUCCGCGCCUCCGUGGACAGCGGCAGCGGCAGCAGAGGAGCGCCCAACGAGGCGUCCGUGACUAUCAUCGAUGAUGAAACAGUGAUCACCACUAACGUGGAAGCUGUGGCUGGUAUGGUGGCAUAUUUACCAUGCAACAUGACUCCACCGACUCCAAAUGAUCGCGUUACGUUAGUCAUCUGGUUCAAACAAGGACAGACCAAUCCAAUAUACAGCUAUGACGUGAGAUCAAGCCCUGCAAAGACAGUGACACCCAACCCCAAGACGUCGAACGGUCCACAGCAAAAGUCAGUAACUACCAUAGGCCCCCACCGGUCUGAUGACAAAACUUUGGACGGCCGGGCAUACUUUCGCGUUACCUCGCAACCGGCCGCACUCAUCGUGCAGGACAUAGGUGACAAGGACGCAGCCGUGUACAAAUGUCGGGUCGAUUUCAAAAAGUCACCCACCCGAAAUUCCAAUGUCAAUUUGACUGUUAUACUGCCCCCGGACCGGCUGAGCGUGCUGAACGAAAAAGGCGAUCACAUACCGCAUUACAUACUCGGGCCGUACAAAGAAGGUGUGACGGUCGAUAUCACUUGCAUCGCCAGCGGAGGACGUCCGCCGCCCCGAGUCACCUGGUGGCAAGAGAACGCGCUAAUCGAUGAGACGUUCGAAACGCUGCCAGACAGGAAGGUGAGAAACGUGUUGCGCCUAGAACGACUUGAACGCCACCACCUCAGCAACGUGUACACUUGUCAGGCGUCCAACAAUCACAUGGUGCCGCCCAUAUCGAGCUCAGUCUCGUUGGACAUGAUACUUCGGCCAUUAUCGAUUAAAUUGGUCGGAGAAAAUCGACCACUAUCUGCAGAUACACCUGUCAAUAUAAGUUGCCGGGUUACAGGUGCCAAACCGCCUCCAAUCAUCACUUGGUGGAAAGAUGCCACCCAACUGGCAGAUGCCAAGCAAAUAACGAGUUCGGAUGGCAACAUAACCACAAGUGUGCUGACGUUUACUCCGGCGAUCAAAGACUCGGACAACACGCUGAGCUGUCGUGCAGAGAGUGGCAAGCCGGAUAGUGUCAACAAUAAUAGACACGGAAAACCCGACGGUCGCCAAUCUCAAUCGGUCGACGUCGAUUCUUCUGAAGGAUGGAAAAUAAACAUAUUUCACGUACCAGUUGUCAAUCUUGAACUUGGCAGCAACAUCAACGGCAGCGCUAUACAAGAGGGCAUGGACGUGUACUUUGAAUGUAACAUCAAAUCCAAUCCAUGGGUGUACAGAGUGAUAUGGAGACACAACGGAAAGCUGCUCAACAAUAACCCAGCCGCUGGCACGAUAGUAAGCAAUCAGAGUCUGGUCUUGCAAAAGGUGUCCCGGAGCAGGGCUGGCAUUUACACGUGCGUCGGUAGCAAUCAGGAAGGCGAUGGAGAAAGCAAUUCAGUUCCGUUGGAUAUUAAAUUCGCUCCAGUAUGUCGACCCGGACAGGAGACGGUGCAAGGAGUGGGCAGACGCGAAGCUGCCAAAGUGCUGUGCGAGGUGGAGGCUAACCCGUCGGACAACGUCCAUUACACGUGGCGUUUCAACAACUCUCGGGAAACUGUCGAAUUGGAUCGUGACCGUUACACGGAGGAAGGGCCGCGGAGCACCGCUGCGUACACGCCACUGACGCCACUGGAUUACGGGACACUCAUGUGUUGGGCGAGCAACGAGUUCGGCAAACAAACUGUGCCGUGCGUGUAUCAGGUGAUAGCAGCCGGCCGUCCGGACAGCUUGGAAAACUGCUCUGUGGUAAAUCAGACGUCAGCUUCACUGGUGGUCCGGUGCCAGCCCGGUUUUGACGGUGGCCUCAGCCAGAGGUUUGUCAUGGAGGUGUACGACCGUCACGGACAAUCGCUGGCUGGCAACGUGACGGCCGACCAACCCGCGUUCACCGUCGGCAGUUUGCCGUCCGGUCUUGGAUUCGACAUCAGCGUUUACGCGUACAACAGCCGCGGACCGUCCGACCCCGUUCAGCUUCACGCCUACACCCUAAAGUCGGCCGAAAAACGAACAGCGGUCACACCCACGGGAUUUCGAUUUUCACCAAUGUUAGCCGUGAUCGCCGUCGGUUGCGUCGCGUCCGUCGUGUCGAUCGCGUGUAUCGUAGCCGUGGCCGUGGCUGUGCAGCGGAAGCGCACUAGACGUCGUCGCCGCGAACGGUCAAGCGACGAGUCUAAAACGGCCAUCGAUGGAGUUGGCGGAACCGGAACAGGAACGGCAGCUGGAACCGGCGAUGGUGGCGGAGUCGAUGGUGGAGGCACUGGAGGAGGGAUCGACGGAGGUACAGGCGGAGGAGACGGCGGAGAUCGCCAUCAUCAACGAGCAGACACCGUCGACGACGGGCUCGAAAAAAAUCCAGACAUCAUACCACACGACAACGAUUACUUGGACGAAGACGAAAAGGCAUUUGAACGGUUAAACAGUGGCAGAAUAUACUCUUCACGAAUGGUCGACCCAGAAACAUGUAAACAACAAGCUCGCGGACUCAUGCCACCGCCUCCGGUCAUGACCCCACAACAACAGAUCUACUCUUCGGACAUCGUCGGCGGUUCUCCCGUGGCCGGCGUCGUGUACCCAAACCUGAUGUGCCCCACGCCGCCACCGCCACCGUCGCAGCUGUUGCUCCACCAACACUAUCAGCAACAGCAAUUGCAGCAGCAGCAACAGCAACCCGUCGCCGCAUUGCACCACCUCCGGCACAACGGUGGCGGCCCACAGCACGUGCAGUACGUGCAGGUCGACCACCAGAACCAGUUCGCCGGCCACCCGCACCAGCAUCACCAUCUGCACCAUCAUCCCCUGCCGCCGCCUCAGUACCAGCAGGUCCCGCAGUCCCGUACCAUGACCCUCGGCCGGUACCACAACAACCACAAACAUGGUCAAGACCGGUCCGCCGAGAUACCGCUGUUGUUGGCCGCCCAACCGGGGCUCCAACACCACCAUCAGCUUCACCAGCGCGAGAGCACGACCGACUUGACGGUGGACCAGCAGCUGCAGCAGAGGGGCGCCGGCGUGCCAGUUUUCGGAAAACCGCCGCCGUCCGCUGCACCACUGCAACAACAUCAACAGCAGCAGCAGCAGCAACAGCAACAGCAGCAGAUCAUCGCGGCCACGCGGUUCUGACAGACGGACUUCGAGCCGAUUCCCGAGGACGAUUUGGUCAUGUUGUGAAUUCGCCCCCCGGACAACCCCCACAACUGCGACUGACCGUACCGUACUAAAUAUACGAUACGGUGUACGGCGGACCACGGACAUUCGGCAAACACGCCUAGCGCGUAUUUAAAAAUAAAAAAAUAAAAAUGCUCGGGGGAUAAACGAAUAUAAAAAUUUUUCUCAAAUUGUAUAAUAAUAAUAUUAUUGUGUUUUCUACCGUUGUUGUUUGAUUUUCGUUCCCCGUCUAGAGCGCCGCUUUCAAUCACAACAAUACAGGUACCUAACCUAACCUAACCUACCUACCUAACCACCGUUCCGAUCGUGAUGAUAACAUAAUAUUAUUAUAGCGAUCAUUUUAUACCGUGCGAUAGGUAUAAUAUAAUAUGUAAAUAGCACGCGUAUCGACCACGAUGCCUGCCCCCGUCGACCGCCAAUUUUCUGAAAAAUUAAAUCGCACGAUAUUGUACAACUCGACACACACCUGCCCCCGGCCCAAUCGUCACGAAUGAAAAACGUCAUGUCGUGACGCCGGCGGCGGUAGAUCCCCGUAUCCUACGCACACGGUCGUUAUAAAUUUUUCGAGGACCAUAAUUAAUCACGAAAAACCAUCUCAAAGUAUAAUAAAUCCCGAAACUAUAUACGCGGGACAUCUGUUUCGUCGCUCCCGAAAACUCUUACGGCGGGCACACUCAAAACAUCAUUAUAAAAGUUUUACCGUUGUAAUAUAAUAUAUUACGUCGUGUACGCGCGCGCGCCGGAGGUAAAUUAACGACAGUUAAUUUUUUUUUCCUACAAACAAAAAAAAAUGUCCACCCUGCAAUGUCGUCGAAAUUUCUCAGCUUAAUGGUUUUUCUUUUUGCCGUUUCCCUUUUGAUGUAGGUACCUACAUAGCGUUAUUAUUUUUGUACGACAGCUAUAUAAUUAUUCUACGUACACAACCGCGUACUACCCGUCAGUCGAGGGCCCACGUACAUCGACUCACCGUCCAAUAUUCUACUUUUAAUCGUGCACAAGGCCGUAUCCAGAAAUUUUUCCUGGGGGGAGGGGUCCAAAACAUGUAUACUGUAAUUUUAUUGAAUUUAGGUCCGUCAAUAAUCUAUUUUUAAGCGCCACGAUAAUAUUGUGACGUAAAACAGUGAUAAUCAAAGACGUAAUCAGAAAUUUGGUACCCGGGUGUUUUUUCACUACCCCCCCCCCCCACAUCCGAAAAAAAAUAAUUAUUUGACUUUUUCCACAUGACGAGCGCGUCGAAGCUUAUUUUUUGAUGACCACUCAAUACCGUUAUCCUUCUUAGAACAAAAGUAAAAAAAAUAUUAACCAAUUACGUUAUUUUUCAUUUACACUAACAGAAGAUUGGUUAUGUAAAAAUCUGAUACCGCCAAGGCAUUACCCCCCUAUCCCUUCCCCCUAAAUAUUCACUGGUGAUCGUGUAAAAACUGUCAAUUGUUUUAACGUAAUCGGAGUUUAAAAUAUCAUUUAUGACUGAAAAUAUUUACGUUGGUGGGCUAAAAACAGUUAUUUCAAACAUUUGUAAGAUAUCGAAGGAAUUUCGAGGGGGGUUCAGACCCCUCAGAUCCCCCUCAGAUACGACGAUUGAUCGUGCACAGCGUACACGUAGGUAUAGCUGGUUACACAACGAGCGAUACCGACUAUAGUCUUACCGCACAAUAUUAAUGUGUUCCGAGUGUGCCACCCGGAGUAGUUAAUUUUUUCAUUUCAUCUAUUCGAGACAAUCCACGGUACAUCUCACACAAUCCAAAUCACUAGCCUUAUAAUGUUUUCAUUUCUACUCGAUUUCUCUUUGUAAUGCACUCGUUCGCGUGUCCGUUUAUUACAUCGUUUCACCUAUUAUGAUAUAAUAUAUCCGCCCCGCGUGUACCAGCCCACAACCCGUUCAAUUAUUUCGUUUUUCUAUAUAAUAUGUAUAAAACACGUGUUUUAAUAUUCACAUUUUAACGUUAUUGUGUAUUAUUAUUAUUAUUAUUAUUAUUAUUAUUAUUAAUGAUAAUAUAGCGUGUACCGCGAAUGUUGUAAAAUUAAUUUGUUCCUUAUCGUUCGAUGCUCAAGAGUCACUCAAUCGACGUAAAUGGACACAACGUUUUAUGUGUUGUUUAUGAAAUUGAGAGAGUUUUUUUCCCUGUUUUUCUAAAAUGUGUAAACUGUUUGAAUUUUGAGAUUGUAAAUAUUACUAUUACGUGUUGUAAAUUAAAACAGCUUGUGUGGCCACGAUGAUUUUUGUACAGACAACUCAAAUCAUUGUCUUUGUGUAUAAUAUUGAACCAUCUUAAUCAUACUUAUAUUAUUAUUAUUAUUAAAUACCUACCAUUAUAUACCUAUUAUUAUAUGUUUGACUUGUGUUACCUCUGAGACAAUUUUCGUUAAGUUUAAAAGUAAAAAAAAAAAAAAAACUUAUUAUAAUAUUACGUUACUGCAUACACUAUACCAUAAUAUACUGUGCUUUUGUCGUACUUAUAUAUAUAGUUAUUAUAAUAUGUCUAUUACAUAAUAUAUUAUAUUGAUACGCGAAUUUUAAUGUAAAAUAUUUAUCUGUUAUUUCGAGAUAGGUAAAUGUAAUAUGUAUAACAAAACGUUUCUACGAUUACGACAGAUUUCCCGUCAAUUUAAUUCCAGAUAUAUUAUAUUAUAUUGUAAUGAAUAAUAAUAGCUAUCGUAUCGUUCAGUCGACGAUAGCCACUCGACUCUGAAAAUGUAUCGUUGCAUGCAGAAUUAUUAUUAAAAACUAAGUACUAAAAACGUCCUUAUCACUCGUCUCUGAUUUUCCGAUCGUAGGAAGAAACCGUAUAAAAAUGUAAAAAUGUGGAGUUUAACGUUUUUCAAUAUUAACUCAACUAGUUACCUGUAUAAGUUAAAUAAAAGUUUCCUCAAAGGAAGACACGGAAUGCGUUGGAAUGUUUAAGUGAACGAUAAUAAUCAAAUUGAUGCCAAGCGGUUAAUAAUAAUUAUUAAGUUUAGUGUUUUUUUUUUCUGUAAAUAAAUUAGUAUUUAUAAUAUUUUAAUAUUAUUACGUUAUUUGUGUAUUUUAAUUUUAAAUGUAUGUUUUCUUAUUUAUGUUAAUUUAUAAGAAUGCUGCUUUAAUAUUUUGGUUUUCUUGCUGUUUGGAUUUUUUAUUUUAUAUAUUAUAAUAUAUAAACAUACAUAAAUUGCAAUAUUAUGUUGUUUGGACUUCAAUCAUAGACGUGAAAAUUUUUUUAUAGAUGUAUUGCACCGUAAUAUUUUUUUUAAUGCCGUUACGAACUGUUUAGUUGUUAAGAUACAAAACAUUUCGUAAUUCCUAAUAUGUUUCCAACAUUAACUAUAUAAUAUUAAUUAUUGUUCAUAUUUUAACAUUAUCCGCAGCGUUUCCGUUUCUAAUUUUGAUUUCAGUAUAUUAUGUUUUUCGUGAAUUCAACUGCUUAAAAAAUAUAAUAUUAUGUUAAGACGAUUAAAAUUAACGCACCCGAUUUAAUUUAAUAUUAACACAAAGUAUUACCACUAAAGUAAAAUGUAAUAAAUUCGAAAUUGUUUUACAUUGCUAAAACGAAAGUGUCAUGUUAAAUUAUUAUAUAUCAAUAGUAGGUAGCUCUAUUGACAGUCUGACAAAUCAUAUAUAUAUAUUUCCCGCGUAGAUCCAUUCGUUUGGGAAAAAACCAUUACAUUCAUAAUAUUACACCCUUUCAGAUUUUAAAUAUUAUAUAGUUUCCAUGAUAACUUUUCGCUAGCCAUACGGGUAAAUUAUAUAUUAUUAUUUUUUAUCGUCACGUGUGUAAUAAUGUUGCAGUAUACAUUGUAUUGCAAAGUGUUUAUAAUAAUAAUUAUAAUAUGUGUUGUAAAUAUAAUAUAUUUAUAAGAUAGUGUUAUUGCAACUCAAAGUUUAUAAAAUGAUAUAAUAUUAUUAUAUAAUUUUAAAAAUAAGUAAAAACAAAACGUGAAAUUAGUCCAAAUGCAUUAUAAUAAUAUUAAUAUUGUAUAUUGCGCGAUUUGUGUAGAUGUCUAUAAAUGUAAGUUAUAUAUUUCAAUGUAUUUUGAACGUUUUGAUCAGUUUAUUUUAUUAUUUGAAAAAAUGAUACAUAUAGGUAGCACCUAAUAUUAUUACUGUUUUAAUAUUAUUUUUAAUGUUAAUUUUAUUUUCUAUUAUUAUAAUAUAAAAGUCUAUUAUUUAUUAUUAAUUUCGACUAGUAUGUAAUUAG